GCUCCGGACUCGUUCGAUCUGUCGCUGAACAUUCCGUCUGGAGGACUGUACGCCAUGUCUGAACAGUCGUACCAGCCGCCGAGCCUCGGCGACGAGGAGUUCGAGCUGCCACCGCUGAUGUCGGAUGGUGUCGGCCACGGCGGCCAGCAGGGCGGCAUGUACUCGCCGGCCAUGGAGAUGUCGAUGCCGAUGACGUCAACGGUAGACACGAUGACUUCAGGCGGCUACCAUCCGCACCACCCGCACCAGCAGCAGCACCACCACAUGUACUACGGCCAGGAGGGGGACCUGUACCACCCGGGCCCGCCGCAGCAGCAGGCGUCGCCGCAGCAGCAGCAGCAGCAGCAGCAGUUCCAGCAGCGGCAGCCGCAGCACCCCGGCAUGUACAUGCAGCACGAUAUGAUGAACCACCACCAGAUCCGACCGCCCAUGUACCAGGGUGCGGGCCACGGCCUGAUGGGCCCGCCGUCGGGCGGCUCGCCGGGCCAGGUCAACAACUCCCCCGGCCACACGACCAGCGAGGACAGCAGCGACGACUCGACGCCCCUCGCCCAGUGGAUCCGCACCAAAAGGCCCUCGCCAGAGCCGGCGGCCUUGUCCGCCGCCAACAUGAAGCCUGCCAAGAAGCCUAAGGCGCCCAAGAAGAAGAAGAAACGAGACCCGAACGAACCGCAGAAGCCCGUGUCGGCGUACGCGCUCUUCUUCCGCGACACGCAGGCGGCCAUCAAGGGACAGAACCCGCACGCCAGCUUCGGCGAGGUCAGCAAGAUAGUGGCCUCCAUGUGGGACGGCC